AGCCAAAAUGUGACGUCACAAAAACGUCACAAACUCACACGAACGCCCGCAACCUUAUCAAGCCAACAGCCAGCGCCCACCGCCUACAAUGACCGACGUGGGCGUAGAAGCUGGUCGUUACGUGGGCGGCAGUACAGGAGGAACGGGCGUGGGAAAUGGGCUGAGCUUAUCAGAAGGAGAUUCGUGGGAAACAAAAGCAAACGAACUCUUUAAAUUGUGCGACCGAGAGAGCAAAGGUUUCAUCACAAAACGCGACUUGCAGAGGUUAUGGGGCGAACUCCCGCUGGGUCCGGACGAGCUGGAGGCCGUGUUCGAUUCCCUGGACGAAGACCACAACGGCUUCCUCUCCCUCGAAGAGUUCACGGACGGAUUCGGUCGACAUCUUGGCUUGAUUGUGCAGUUCCGAGCAGACGAGGAACCUCAGUCGACCUCCGGAGCCGCCAUCGAGGACGAGAAUGCGAACGAGGUCGAGGAUGACGCCGCAGAUCUCUCCAAGGAACAGCUGGACUAUCUCCUGGACAGACUCGCCGAGCAGGACCUGGAGAGCAACUCAGUGGUGCUAGAGGCUGUGUGGAGACAGGUGUGCGGCGCGAGGGCAGGUGUGGAGGAGGUGGAAGACGGGGGCGGGAGGAGGAGGAGGAGGAGGAGGAGGAGGGGGUGA